AAGUGGCAGACAGGGGCAGAGAGAGAGAGCAGCGAGCAGAGCUACAGCCACAGCCACAGCCAAGUCACACGUUAACACUAGCCUCCCACGACUUGUCAGAAAGUUGAGAAAUUAAAACUUUUUUUUUUCCUCCUUUAAAUUCCAGCGGUUUGUCCAUGUUUUAGUCGGAUGAAUGCACGUUCCCCAAACUGCUGAAAUCUGCCAUGGACGUUGGCGGUCCGCUUGGUUAAGUUAACACGGGUAUGAAUGGCGGGGUUUUAUUUAAUUUCGCGUAACGCCAAAGAAAGUCAUAUUUUUGCCUGAGUGGUUAAACUAAGCCGGGCAGUGAACCGUUUGAGAGCAGGAGGAGGUUUUUGUUUUGCGUGAGGUAACGGUACUUUCCCUUUUUUUUGUCUUUAUUUUACCCUCUCUGGACCCUGUUAUCAUGACGCCCGACCUCCUGAACUUCAAAAAGGGAUGGAUGUCAAAACUGGACGAUAGUGGCGAGUGGAAGAAGCACUGGUUUGUUCUGACUGAUGCUGGACUGAAGUACUACAGAGACUCAUGUGCAGAGGAGAAAGAUGAUAUGGACGGAGAGAUUGACCUAAAAUCCUGUGUGAAGGUGUCUGAGUUUGAUGUGGAGAAGAACUACGGCUUUCAGAUACAGACGCGGGAGGCCGUGUUCACGCUGUCUGCCAUGACGGCUGGGAUCAGGCGGAACUGGAUCGAGGUUUUAAAGAAGUGUAUCCGGCCCAGCAGCUCUCCAGACCUCACACAAUUACCUGACAGCAGCAGUGACAAGGAAAACUCCCAGUCACGCUUUCUGCUGUCUUCCCGUCGCCCCUCAUCACGUCACAGCGAUGUUCAGUCGGAGGUUCCGAUCUCCGCCCCGGCCACUCACCGUAGGUUUGACUACGUUGAGCUGUCCCCUGUUUCCGCCUCCUCCAGUCCUCUCCCAGCCAGUCAGAGAGAAGCGGGAGAGGGACAGGGGAGGGAGCACAGCCAAUGGCAGGAGGAGAGGAACACAAGUAGCCAGUGGGAAGCUGUGCUGUCCAGGAAGGGCACGGGCACAGGAUCGAACCAAAGGCUGCGCAUGGAGGAUGAGAUAGAGAAAAAGUGGGCUGAGAUUGAACAAAUGCCAAUAAAGAUGAGCUCUUUACCACCAAUGGGAUCACACUCCUCCAACCAGCCAGCCAAUGAGGCGCUGCAGAGGGAGGUAGUGGCGUCACUGAGGCAGCAGGUGGAGGAACUGAAACGAGGGGGAGGAGGGGGAGGGAGAGGUGGUGGAGGUGUCCGGGGCGGCUGUGGCCCUCAGGCCCCCUGCGGCCGCAGCCUGGCAGCCAUGGAGCGCGCUCACCGACAGGCGCUGGAGGAGCUGCAGAGGCAGCACGAGCGCCAGAUCAAGGAGCUAGAGGCUGAGAAAGACAGGCUGCUGCUGGAGGAGACCCAGGACACUGCACGAGUGAUGGAGGCUUUGAAGAAGAAACACAAAGAGGAGCUGGAGAGAGAGGUGGAGAAAGUCAAGAGGCUAAGCAGCGGGGUGCUAGACUCGCAGACUUUGCAAGCCCAACAACAGGCAGAAUCUCAGUCCUUGCACAGAGAGCUGGCUGGACUUUCUGAUCGCUAUUCUCAGAAGUGUCUGGAGCUAAACCGAGCUGAGCAGAGCAACGCAGAGAGAGAGAGAGAGAUCAGCCGCAAGGAGAGAGAUAUGGAGCAGCUGAGGAAAGAGAACCAGGACUUAAAGGCCCGUUUGACAGAGGAGAUCAGCCGUAUACGAUCUCCCAUCACAGAUCAGGGCGCAGAGGACAACAAAGACAGGACGGCUGGUGAACUAGAGGUUCUCCUCAGGGUGAAAGAAAACGAGAUUGAGUACUUGCACAAGGAAAUCAGCUGUCUGAGGAAUGAACUGCAGUUUCUGAACACGGAGAAACGGCUGGCCUGUGAACGAUAUAAGGAGGUGCACGAGGAGCUGAGCGGGAUGAAGGGCCGGAGCGAGCGAGAAAUCCAGAGUCUAAAGGAGCACUUGAAGCUGGCCAUGGCUGCUCUGCAGGAGGGGCAAAAGCUGGGCAACAGCCUGGACCACUGAGGACCUGCUGCUGGUACUAAUGUUCUGCCAGACACAGUGACAGGUGUGUCUGCAUCGUGGUGACUGAAUCAAAGACAGAUACAGGAGAGGAGCAGAGGAGAUGAUUGUAGGACUUGUACAGUUCUGGCUGUGUGGGGACCAUGAUAGUGCCUUAGAUUUCAAUCAUUCUGCCAAUGAGCAGCAUAGAGUAGCUAUUAGCUGGUUUCAUUACACUGGGCCACACAUGAUAUAUAAAACUGCACUUUUCUUCUUUUUUUUUAAUUUUAACUUGCUUUUUAACUGCUUUUGUGAGUACAAGCGUGUAUGAGUGCGCAUUUGGUCUUAAAACUGGAAUAUUUGUUGAGUGACAUGUUUUUCUCUUUUUUUUAUCAGGUAUUGUAGAUAAAGAGUUUUUGUGCUGUAUCAGCUUUUUUUGUUGGAUUAAUGUCUCAUUGCCACUGUGUCUUCUGUCUGAGACAGCAAGAGUUAGCACAGUUGCAGAAGAGCUACUGUCAUCUCAGUUUUCCGUUGUACAGCUUUUGAGUCAUGUUUACUCUGUGAAAAUGGCACACGUUUCUUUAGAAAUGGGAGCUUAUCAUUUGGUGUAAUUAUUUUCUACCUAGUAAUAUUUGUGCUUGUGUGAUGCUUGUGAAUGCGAAAUUCUGAAACAAAAAAAUGGGAUUAAUACAGGACAAGACAGCAAAAGUUUCUAAUUCCUGGCAAGCUGAAUCGGAAGUUGAUCUGAUUAUAUAGAGGCGUAUUUGGGGUCAGCUUUCUCCUGGGAUGCUUGUAAAAGCUGUUGAAUGAACGUUGUCCCACAUCACAGAUGUCUUUAUUUUUAAACCACGGCUGAGAAGCAGGAACUCUCAUGCUUCCAGUCCCCCCUGAUCAUAAUCGGCAUUUGUGUGCCGCCACCACAACAAAUGACAGGUGUUGCGUUGAUGAGCCAAUUUUUUUUUUAUUGACAGUAUGUAUUGUGAUAAAAUGACGUAUCUACCUGCCUUUUGAAAACUUUUUCAUAUUUAAUAUACUGAAGAGCCUGUAUCAUCUUUGUAAAUUAUACACAUUUUUUGCAAUCAAUAAAAAAACAGUUCAACAGAAA